UUCGAUUCAAACAAUGUUCAUUGCUCGAACAAUAUUAUCAUUAGGUUUGGUGUUGGCCAUUACUUCGGGCCAACAUCCAAAUCGAUUACGCAAUAAUAAUAAUCGUAAUCGUAUUCGUGAACAAUCGAUAACCAGAAAACCAACAAACCGCAAUCGUUAUUCGAUGACAACACCACCAACAGCAGCAAUAUUAUCAACAACAUCGACAACAUCAUCAUCAUCGAUUAUGGUUGAUGCAGCACCAGCCGAACAAUAUGUUUGUGAUUCAGCCGAUAAAUUAAUAACCGAUAUUUGGACAAUAAAUAAUAUUCUUUAUAUAAAUAUUUUACAUUAUAAAGAUGAUUCAACAAAUUCCAUUGAUAAUCGUAUAUUUGAAUUUGAUACACAACGUUCAUUAUUUACAAAUGUUUUUCAUUUUCCAACAAUGGCACCAUUAUAUGCUGAUGCUGGUUUUGGUAAUAGUUAUUUAAAAGAUAUAAUGGGAAAAGCAUUAUCCAAAUCAAAUCAUAGUAAUAAUAUAGCCGAAACACCAUCAAUAUUAUAUUUUUCAACCAGGAAUGCAUUACGUUAUGGUUGUCAACAAAAAUGGCUUUAUAUACCACCAACAAGUCAAUUUUGUCGUUUUCAUCCAAUUGUUAAUUAUUUGUUUCGUGUUGUGGCAAUUAUUGAUCCAACAACACAAUCAACAAGUCCAUCGAAUCGUUUAGAUAUUGAUAUUUAUCGUAUGAUCAGUAUACGUUCAGAUGAUUUUUCAAUGUCCGUCGUACGGCCAAUAUUCAGUUCAAUACGUAAUGAUCAUAAACGUGAUGUAUUGGAUCAAUAUAUACAGAAUAGUUUACUAACAUUACAAUUACAUCAUCAAAUUCAAUCACCAUUAACUGGUACAACAAAUAAUAAUGUACGUUUUAUUUUCUCGAAUGGUCUUGGUUUAUUUAUUGCAUGGUAUCCAUCAACAAUGCAAACAUUUGAUUCAGAUAUAACAAUGAAUUGUGCAAUAAUGAUACCAAUAAAAAAUAAACCAUAUUUACAAUUAUGUUCACAACGUUAUAAUUUUUUAACAUUUAUUGAAUUAAAUGAAACAUUAUCAAUAAUAUUACCAGAUAAUUUAGUUAUAAAUUUAGAAUUAGAUUAUAUUCGAAAACAAUAUCGUAUAAUGAAUAAUUUACAAAUUAAUUUAGAUCAAUGGAAACCGGAAAAUUUUUUUCAAACAUUUUUCCAUUGUAAACGUUCACCACCAUCAAAUCGUUUAUCAUUACAAUAUUAUGGUUAUAAUAAAAAACAUUUUGGCCGACAAAAUCCAAACGAUAAUGUUACCACCAUCGUUGAUAAUGAAGAUGAUAAUGACAAUGGUGAUAAUGAUGAUGACGAUCCAAAAAUGAUGAAUAAUAAAAUUCAAGAAAAAUUACAAAAUUUUGAUAAUAAUAAUUAUUAUGAUGAUCCAAUACUUGAUUAUCGAUGA